ACCACACGAUCCCUCCCUCCUGCAACACAACAGUCGUUCUAUCUCCACCAUCGUUUAUCUCUGAUCGAUUAUACAAUUUCAUUCCAUUCUUCCUGAUAUUCCCAGAAUCCAGCUAGAAUAGUAGACGCUUUAGUUGACCACGCAUAAGGUCGACGUUGACAAUAUAAUAUCGCGAUUUUUUUUCGUGCGACGCCUUCCUGAAGCGAGUUCUGUAGCCUGAAUUUCCAGAACGGACAUCAGCAUUUCGAGGCCGGCUUUCACGGCGCAUAUGCCGGCCAAGAUGGCGAGCUCGAAAUCGUUCACCUUUACGAGUCCUCGUCCUCGACCACUUCUCGCGGUCCAUUCAACCUGCCGGUGCCCGGACUCAUCUUCUUCAGGACCUCGGAAUAAUUCUAACUCCCCUUGCCCGGGAAUCCGUAUCACCAAUAAGCGGGUCAUGCUCAUAACGCGGACGGAAUUCUCACAUUCAUCCGGCUCAGUCUCAGCCACGAGCAGAAGCAGUCAGCCGUCAGUCCGAUCAGCUCUACACCCCAGCCAGGUCGUCUCUCCACCAACCCUGGCUAUUCCACCGCGCACGAGUCAUCACAAGUGGAAGCUGAGACUGCAGCCAUCAGCGCGUCUGUGUGAAUGCAUCCACCACGAGCUAAUUACCUGUCGCUGGAAUUUCCUCUCCCCUCGCAAAGCCCUCGCCUCUUCAGCACCCCUUCCCUUUCCCGACCAGCCCUCACUCCGAAAACGCCAGUCCCUCAGCUUCCAACCAAUCAUUCUCUCCGACGGCCCUCGCCGACCCCCCAGUGCAUCCGCCUCUUUCUCUCAAAACGGCGCGUCCUCCUAUCCGCCUUACCAGCAACCCCCUUACAGCCAACAACAGCCCAUGUUCCCACCGCCAUUCUCCUACCCACCUCCAUUCCCCACUCCACCACCUUACCCUCACACCCCCCCGGUACCAUUACACGCGUUUCCACCACAAUCCGCACCACCAACAGGCGUACCUGGGGUAGGCGUCUUCUGGGACUACGAGAACUGCCCCGUGCCCGUCGGCGCGGACUGCUCCGCGCUCGUGCGCCGGCUGCGCGACGUGGCGCGCGCGUUCGGCGCGGUGCGGAGCGUGCGCGCGUACGGGAAGAUGGAGGAGCUGCACGCGCGCGUGGUGGGGAAGAUGGGCGCGUGCGGCGUGGAGGUGGUGGCGGUGGCGGCGGGCAAGGAGAUGGCGGACAAGGCCAUCAUCACGGACGCGCUGCUGUUUGCCAUGGACGAGAGAGAGAUGAACAGAGCGCUCGCGCCGUGCAUUGUGAUUAUAUCGGGGGACGUGGGGUUCGGCGGGGUGCUGGCGAAGCUGACCAACCGCGGCGUGACGAGCGUGGUGGUGGCGCGGCGGCGCAAGAACGGCAGCAAGGGCAAGAGGGGCACCAUCCCCGGGUCCCUGGCGCAGUCCGCGCUCGUCACCCUCGACUGGGACGACCUCAUCCUCUCUGCUGAGAGCGGCGCGGGCGGGGAGAGCACCUGGCGAAGCAGCAGCCGAGGGAGCGACGAUGCUGCUGUUGUCAAUGGCAGUGGUGGUGGUGGUGCUGCAGGUGCUGGUGCUGCUGUUGUCAAUGGCAGUGGUGGUGGUGCUGUUGUGCGUAGCAGCAGUGUGUUUGGCAGCAGCAACCGCGCUGGCGGGGGUGUGAAUGGCACUGGCAGCAGUGCAGUGGACUCCACUCGUGUCCUCAGCAGUCCCAUCGGCAGCACUGCCACGAGAGGUAGCGCUGCCACCUCUAGUACGGGCAAUGGCAGCCUCAACGGCAGCGUCUAUGGUCGUGGCAGCAGCAGCAGCAUUGGUGCUGGUGACGCCUCAGCCAUGGAAAGAAGAGAGACAACGGAGAAUGGGAAGGAGGGCAAGGGCAAGGAGGAGGAGGAGCUGCUGCGGCACAGGCUGCGGUCCCUUGAGGAACGACUGGCCCAGGUGGAAAGAGACAGGACGCUUGCUGCCGGUGAAGAAAGCAGUGGGGCCAAGAUAGGCAGCAGUCAUCCCUUUGAUGGUAAAGGGAAACUCAUCGGAGACGGCUCCAAGAUUCAACCACCGCCGCGUGUUGAGGCACCUGGGGGGACGAGCUCCAGUACAACCGUCUCAGAUGGUCUGGUGACUCCGCCCCGCGAGUCCUGGUCCGAGGUGAUGGAGCGCGCCCUCACUUUGCGCACCCCCCCCGACCUCCUCACGGCGCGCCUGCGCACCACCAUGCUCACCACGCUCGCCGCACACGGCACCGUCACCACGUCCGCCCUGUUCUUGGCAUACCAGCGCACCUACGGGCACCAGCUGCGCCUCGCUGACUACGGACUCAGAGACGUGAAGGCGCUGGUGGGGCUCCUGGGGGACGUGGUCGGGGUGAGCGUGGGGUGGCCGGGGCAGGCAGCGCGGAAGAAGAUGUCAGUGGAGGAGCGCGAGGAGAUGGCGAGAAGGAGGACGUUCUCCCUGGUGCGGGCGUAUGGGAACCUGCGGGUGCUGGGGCUGGUGCAGUCACGGUUGAGAGCGGUGGUGCUGGGUGUGCUGAGAGAGCACGUUGCACAGGCGGAUGCUGCGUAUGCUGCUGCUAGAGCGGCGGCAACCGCAGCCGGAGCUGCAGCAGUGGCUGAUUCAGAACGGACAGCUGAAGGUGAGGAGGGGAGAAGCAAGAACGGCACAAGGGGGGUGGGCAGCAGCAUGCGCACGUCCAGCAGGAAGACGAGCCGGUGGAUGCCUCUGGAGGACCUCGGCGUGGCCCUCAGACGAGCUUGCAACGAGAAGCUGGGGGUGCUUCUAACGAGGCACGGGUACGCGCGAGAGGCGUUCAGUGACGUGUCUCAGAAGGCCCGGCUGGUGGCUCUGCUGGCGGAUAUGCCCGAUCUGGUGCGGGUGAAGAAGAUGAGGGGUGCGGGCGGGGUGGUGCUGGUGGGGCUGGUGCCGGGCGCGCAGGGAGAUCCCGUGGUGGCGGCGUGGGCGGAGAGGAAUGAGCGGCUGUGGGAUGGCACUGUGUAUGAGUGGGGGGGGGGGCGUGGGGAGGGGGUGGGUGGUGAACGGGAUGAUGAGGUGGAGGAGGAAGAGGAGGAUGAGACGGAUGAGGAGACAGAAGAGGAGGAGGAGGAUGACGAGGAAGAGGAAGAGGAGGAGGAUGAGGAUUUGGGAAGCAGGUGGAUGGGAAGGAAGGCCGUGAGACUGAGGCGACGGGAGGCGGAAGAGGAGGCGGAAGAGGAUGAAUGGUGGGAGGAUGAUGAGGAAGAGGAGGAGGAGGAGGCGGAGGAAGAGGAGGAGGAAGAAGAGGAGGAAGAGGAAGAAGAGGAGGAGGAGGAGGAAGAGCAGGAGGAGGAGUAUGGGGAGGAGGCAGAGGAGGAGGAGAAGGCAGCAUGGGAGGAUGAGGACUAUGGGUUCUUGGCUACAGCAGACAGCUACGACGAAGACGAGGGCGACCAGUUUCAGGCUGCAGGUGUCCGCCGCACAAUGGAGGCAUCUGAGUUCAUUCGUAGCAGUGGCGGUGCGCAGAAGGCAUUGGGGGAGGCGGCAAUGGCCAAGACAUGGCAAGAGCAGGGCACGGCUUUGGAUAUGAGUGGGCGACAAGUGUGUGUGUCGAACGCUCCCUCAGAGCCCCAUGAGCUUGAAGCGGCUUCAGCAGUGCCAGUGGGUGACAGAUGGGAGCGUGAUAGUGAGAAGGUUGCGGUGGCAGGGUGGAUGCACGCCGGGACACAGGAGGUGGAGAGGGAGGGCGAGGAGGACGAGGAGUAUGCGUUCUUUGCUGCAUAUGACAGUUAUGAGAGCGAGGGGGAGGAGGAGGGCGAUGCCAAUGGGAGCAAUGCUGGAAAUGAAUCUCAUAAGCCGGCUCUGAUGCCGCCUGCUGCUGUUCGCGGUGGUACCGACGCUGCUGCAGCUGCUGCUAGCAAUUCUGAGGAUAGUUCUGCUGCAGCACCCUUUCCUAGUCCUACAACUGCGGCCCCUCCUGCUUCUGUCAAGUUGGGUGACAAUGGCAGUCAGCAUGGCAGCAGCAGCACGGAUGGGCAGCUGACCGAUGGUAUCAGCAGCAGCAGGCAGUCCGCCCCUCGGAUCCCACGCUACACGGCCCGCCAUGGUGCUGCUGCUGAUUCCACCCACGGCGACGUGGGUCGACACUUGCAACACGAGAUGGAUCAGGCUUCCCAACGCAGCACCGAUCAACACUCCCACCACUCGCCACGCUGUGCUCACAACACCACGCUUGAAGACCCUCUAUGGCCCGCAGUCUUUGCCUCUGCCUCUGCCCUGCGCCCCCCCCUCGAGCUCUCCCUCCUCCGCUUCUCCCACCGCACUCUCACUCUCCUCGCCGCCCGCGGCCCGCUCCCCAUGGGCGGCAUGGCACGGGAGUUUGUGCAGCGCGGGUGGUGGCGGCCCGACCCUGCUAGGGUCGACGUAGAUGCAAUGGUCGGGGCGAUUGCUACGGUGGUACGUGAUUAUAAUGAGUACGAGUUUACUGAAGGGGGUAGAAUGGUGAAGGAGGGAGGCACAGGAAGUGAAGGCACCGAUGCUAUUGUUGUUGCCGGAAAUGGUGGCGCCGGUGGCAAUAGUGGUUCUGGUCGAGGCGGUUCCAGUGGCACUAUUGCUAUUCCUGCUGCUCCUCCUCCUGCUGCUGCUGCUGCAGCCUUGAAUGGGAGGGGCGGGGUGCCUCGCGAGCAGAGGCUGGCUGUGCGUGAGAGUGAGAGAGUGCUGCAGCUGCUGGGUCUGGUGCAGUCAGGGCUGCGGCGGGUGGUGCUGGGGGUCAUGCUCACGCAUGGUGCAGACUGUGACUCUGCUGCUGCUGCUGUCACUGAGGUUGGUAAAACGGACAGUUUUAGAAGCAGCAGCAGCGGUGGCAACAGCAACAGAAGCAGCAGUCCACCCAGAAGCAGCAGCUCUAUCCCCGGUUUCAGCACCAGCAGCAGCAACAACAGCAGCAGCAACAGUGCCAGCAGCAGCAGCAGCAGCAGCGCCAGCAGCAGCAGGUGGAUGUGGGUGGAGGAGCUAGCAGGUCGGCACGGGUACGGCAGGCGCGCCUUCCCCAGGUGGUCCCUCAAGGCCCGCCUAGUGGCGCUUUUGUCUGACAUGCCGGACCUUGUGAGGGUGGGCGAGGGGGGGGAGCUGAUGGGCGUGGGGGAGAUGAUAGAGGCGAAGCAGGGGGAUGACUUGAUGCGCCUCGAAACAUGCAAGUAUGAGGAUGAGUGGUCGUUGAAGGUGAGGGGUGAGAAUGAGGGGUUAUCUGAAACAACAGGAGAGGGUUACGUGUGGAGGGAUGGUCGUGCUUCUGAUGACGAGGAGGCGGAGGAGUGGUGGCUGGAGAUGGAUGGCCGCGAAUGGGCUGAAAACGACGAGCUGGGCUUGCGGCAUUGCGGCCUCGUGGUUGUGCUUGUAGAGGGGGCUGACCUGGACUCUCGUUUUAAGACGUGGCACGUGCGCAACGAGGGGAAGUGGAACGGCAAGGUCUAUUCCAUGGCUGGGCUCAGCCUUGGAACCACCCCUAGCAGUGCGGUAGAGCAAAUCAUGCAGGGUUUCGCGGUGAAUGCGGAAAAGGGAUGGUGUGGAGAGCUCUUUACGAGUGCAGGGGAAGUGAGGGAAGAUGUGAUGGAGCGGGUGCAGAGCCAUGUGAGUGAGUGGGUGGUGGACGUGCCAGAGGGGUUCGAUGUGGAUAGAGCGGUGGAGAUGGAGAGGAGAUGGAGGGAGGAGGAUGCGGAACUAGAAGCGAGUACUGCUGUAGAAGAGGACUUAGAAGAAGUGGUUUAGGAACGUCUUGCUCAGCCCAUAUAGGCUACGAAGGAUGUAGUAGAUAUACCACACUCAUACGUGACGCGCUAUUAUUUUUA